AUGCUCGUUGCCUCAGAAAAGGACGAGCUGACUAACAAAAGCAGAGACACGCUGAGGCAAUGUGUUGAGGCAGCUGUGGUUAGUAUGCAUAGUGAAGAUAUUAGAUUUUGUCUAGAGUCUAGGUUCCGGCGUGCUCAAGCUCCAAAAAUGGUUGAUCAGAGAUUAAGAUAUGAUAUGAAACUGACUUUUAUCACCUCAUAUGACAUGAAAAUGAUUCAACAUGACUGUCAAACGAUUUUACGUGAAGGUGAAAUAUACAGUCUAAAGUCAAAGAACUCGGGAGAGAUUUGCACGGAUGCUGAGAUACAAGUCACGGAAAUAAAUAACCAAGGCGGACACGGUGGCAGUGAUGACCUGCGUGGCGAUACUUCUUCUAAGUUCCUCCGUGUCGGGAGAACAAGACCUCCCCAGCGACGCCGUCUUCGAGGCCGCAGCGAUCACUCGCCACCGAAUCCCAAGGCAAACCUCAAAGUCGUGGGAGUUCGAGUGGACGCUUCGAGUAACUCUGUUCCGAUGGAAAAACUUCUCGGAGCUGAUACUUCGCGGCACGAAAAAGCCGUGGCCAGGGAGUCCUUCGAGGGUAUAUCGGAGCGCAUGGACGUCGACGAUCCGGAUGUCCAAAAAGUGUCCACGGAGGUUCGAAGUGGACGACGUGGACGGGUGCGUGUGGUGACUCUGCGGCGCCCAUUGUCCGUGUCAGAAGUGCGGGAGGAUCCACCCCUCGAUUUCACAUCUUUGAACUUGAAUAACGUAAACACCUUUGGAGGUUUUGGAAAACGUCUUACACCUUUGAAAUCAAGUGGUCUAAGACCGUUAGCUUCUGCGGAAUCCGAUGACAAAGAUUCGACUACCUUUGCCAUUAAUGGUGUGCCUGCAUCAGCAAUCGCUCCUCCGGGCACAAGAACCCAGAAUCAGCGUCCCAACGUCGUUGUCACGACAGAAGGGCCAAGAGCUGUAGCAACAACGAGAGCACCGAGCCGAGGGAGGUUCAGGCCGACCAGGCCUCCGACUGCGUCUUCCUCAAGACCAACCACGUCUGCGUCGACCUCUCUCACGCCAGAGGGACCUCCUGCCACGACUUUUAGACCCAGCAUCACAACGACACUUUCUGGUCUUCUAACAACUGCUCAAGGGGCCCCGACAACAAAGCAGCCGCACGUGUCAUUCCCCAGCAGGUCGAGAGUGGGAGCAGGCAGAGGAACCACCAAACCUCAAGAAACCUCAAUUCGGCGAAUUACGACCACGGCACGACCUUUUUUACCACAGCGCAGAAAACCAGGUGCUUCACGAGCCAGUACUGCAAGACCCAAACCUCAAGAAUCUGAUGAUGUAUCUGCCGAAGAAGAGGAAAUUUUCAUUGUGUUGAAGGAUGUACAGCGUAUCACAGCCCCAAGACGGCUAGCCAACCCUUCAGUUGUAUCGAACAGAAUUCCUCCUCCAUCUCCUACUCCUCCUUCAAACCCUCCUCUGUCAUCCGCAGGGGGCCUAAGAAGAGCGAGACCGCCACACUCCCAGUCUCUUACUCCUGUUGCUCUCAAUUCCUUGCGUCCAAGCCCUGUUACUCCUGAAGGUGCUGUCUCUUUGACGAGCACGAAAGACCAACAAAACCUUCCACCCUCCACUUUCCGACCUCCACUUGGCACGACCUUCACUAAGUUCUCCUUUGGUCAAGCGAACUUCACUGUUGUGUCAAACCCUACUUCUCCCCCUCAGUCACCACCUACACCUGGAACCUUUUCUGCUACACCUUCCCUUGGUUUUGUUUCUUCCCCAAGACCUUCAAUUACAUCUCCAGCUUCUUUCAUUUCUUCCCUAAGACCCUCAGUAACGUCCUCCAGUCCUUUUGUUUCAUCUCCGAGACCUCCAGUUUCUUUCUUAACACCUUUAGUUUCUUCUCCAAGACCGGCAGUCACGUCCCCUAAACCUUUUGUUACCUCCAUCACGCCAUCUAAUCCCAAUCCCUUUAUUCUAUCUCAGCGGCCUUCUGCCAGACCUACCAAUUCAAACCCUUUCGCCACGUCCUCUCGUCCUUCGUUCUCGUCACCAAGCCAGUCUGGCACUCCAUCCAAUGCUUUUGGUAUUCCUUCAAGUUUUGGGACAACUUCAAGUUCUGGUACUUCUUCACCUUUUGGUACAUCUCCUAGUAUCUUCCAUACUUCGCCAAGUCCUUUUGUUACAACUUCAAGGCCGUUUGUCACAUCAUCUAACAAUUUUCCAUCAUCUCCUUUCGUUUCCUCCCGCCAGCCAAUUGUGAUAUCCUCUCAGCCUGCUGUUACUUCCCCUCAUUCAGCUGUCACUUCUGCUCGUCCUGCUGUCACAUUCCCUCAUUCAGCUGUCACUUCUGCUCGUCCUGCUGUCACAUUCCCUCAUUCAGCUGUCACUUCUGCUCGUCCUGCUGUCACUUCCCCUCGUCCAGUUGUCACUACUUUCCUAUCCAACACCACCCCUCGGACUUCUGCAAGCUUCUCGUUCCAGCCCCUUUCUGCACGACCAACCACAGUGGUAUCACUCAAUCCACAGCAAGGAUCAUCUAUUUCUAACCACCCAGAUGAAAAUUUCACACUCCAUAAUGCUCCUAAGACACCUUUCAGAGGAUUUUCCUUCCAGUCCUUCCAUCCAGGAUUAUCUUCAAGCACUGCGAUCCAGCUUGGUGGUUCAGAAGAACCAUCUGGGAAUGAAUUCAGAAAAUUAUCACCAUCAUCUUUACCUCCACGAAAACCAUCUCGAGUAUCCCUCUCACCUAUCCCCUCUACAGCACCAACUUCCUUGUCAACUUUUCCCCAAACAGCUUUCCCAGCUAACUUUGGUUCUGUCAUCCACUCACGGCCAACUUUCUCUACUACUCUUCCUCCUCCUGCGCUAACAACCCCAAGGUUUGCUGUAACACCUUCUCCAUCACAAAUAAAUUUAGAUCCUCCUUCACCUACAACUUUCAACCCAAGGCCUUUCCCCCCUCCACAACCUGCACUUCAACCUCCGCCAAGCCACUUCGGCUCUUCUCAGCCUCGCCCUGAUGCUCAAUCACUCUCCACCGAACGACCAAAUCUUCCUUCUCUGACGUUCACGGCUCCUGCCACAUUCCAGUUUCUCAAAGUAUCACCACAAGGUGAACUUAGCACUCAGAGUUCAGGUACUACACAGCCAGAGCCAACGACCUUCAGAGGUCCUUUUCUUCAGUUCUUUUCCACACCUGGGUCAUCUUCCACACCUUCCCCCUUCCAGAGGACAUCAAAUGUUCAGAGAUUCAACUCUCCUUCAAUCUCCACUUCUUCGAGACCGACAACGUUCACAUUAUUCCAGGACCCAGGUCGAGCAUCGCCUACACCUACCGUCAGAUCUUUUGUGCCUACAUCUCUUCCAGGGCAUCCUCGCAGUUUCCGGUCUACAACUACUUUGCCACCCUUCCUUGCUGCCUUUUCUACCUCUUCAAAUGACCCAGAAAAACUCCAAAAUCGUGCACCGGAAAAUACUCUACCUUCACCACCAAUCAUUGAAAUUGGGGGAUUUGUUCCCAUGAAAAUAUCCAAGACAAACACAAAUGAUCAACCUGUAAAACCAUCAGAGAUCUUAACGCCCCCUCCUCCGCUCCCAUCAUCAUUUGGGGAUAGAGACCCGUCUACAUCCUUUGCCCCUAAUCUUACAACUCCUCAGCGUCCCCCUACCACCUCAAGACCUGUUGUCACCAGUCCCACCUCACAGCCUGCAGUCACAACAGAGUUCAACCUUCAGACAACUCCAAGGACCGUCUUUAACACAGCACGCCCACCACAAACAAUCACAGGCUCCAACUUCUUCCUGAAUAGUUUCAGAUCGGCGUCUCCUCCUCCAGCGACUGUAACAACUGUACUCCCACGCACCACCAGACGACCGCGCACAACCUUACAACCCGAGACCCAUUCCUUCAGCAGCCCUGUCACGACGACAAGGCCCAACGCUAUUUCAACUUCGCCAAACCCAAGAAAAAACAACAGCUUUGACGAGAUACAACAGAACGGACCCAGAAAGCAGUUCCUGUACUCCGCUCCCAGGCAGCAGACUGUUGUACCCAAGGUAACUACAGCUUUGCCUCCUUCACCUACGAGCGCCAGUAGGAGUAAAAGCACAAGCUCCAAAGGGUUUAAGGUUCCUGCAGCGCACGCAGGGAAGUCGUUCAUAUUUGUGCGGAACGGCCAGAGCGAAUACCGGGUGGUAUGGGCGUAG